GAAGACAAGGUUUUCUCUUCCCCUUGAGCUCUGACCUUUGUCAGGUAAUCACAGGCACAGGCAGAGGCACCCACGCUCCUGAGAACCUGAGUCCUGCUCAGCUUGGGAGAUCAAGACCCCUUGCCUGGACACGUGAAGAGCUGUAAGGAAAACCUAUCCGAAAUCCCAGAGCUGGUGCUGAGAACCCAGACGCCCUCAUGGCUAUGUCAGUGACAAGACGCAUCAUAGAAGAAGUUGUUGAUUACCUCACAGACACACUCUGCAGAGUGGAUCUGGAGCGCCUGGUAACUGAAGAUGGAACCUGGAAGGCAUUUGUGAAGGCAGUUGAGCUGUCAAGCGAGGAGGAAGCUGCCCUGCAUGAUGCGCUGAAGAAGCAUUUAGCUCGGAAUCCCACAGAUAAAAAUGAGAAGCUUGAAGAGGAGCUGAAGAAAAAGAGGUUCAGUUGA